AUGGCCAACGAUAGCGCUGAGGACAUCAACGUCGGCGUAGCCCUCAGUACUACUCUGCUUCUCCCCAGCGAUCUUGACCGAAACGCCGAGUUGAGCGAGUAUGAAAAUUACGCUUUGAUGCUUCAACGUUCCGUUCAACUAGCCGAAAAGAAGAGGGAGGUCUCCAGCCUUCAAAAAACCAAUAAAAACUUGCAAUCCAAGAUGAAGACCCUGGAGGACCAGGCCGAGGUCGCUAUUAAAGCAAAAGACGAAGCUGAGGAGAAGGUUGGUGCUGCUGAGGCGAUAAACAAAGUCCUUCAAGCCCAGCUGAAAGAGGCCGAGGAUAAAGUGGCCCAGGCCCAAGAAGAGCUUCAAGACGCCUUGGCCACCAAAGAGGUUGAAAUCAAGGACGCCAACGAGAAGGCGUAUGCCCAGGGCAUGGCCGAUGUCACGGAGGCCUAUGAAAAGCAAGUCAAGCAAGCAUGCAACAAGGGUUUCUCCCUUGGUUGGAUGACUUUGUUGAAGAAACUUGAUGUCCCUGAGGACUCCUCCUUGAGGAACGCCGAUGCCAUUCCCCUGCCAUUCCCUCCAACUCCACCCCCCAGUCAAUCUGACAGCGAAUCUGAUUCUGAGGAUGAGGCCAAGGAGGAAGUUUUGGGUGAAGAGGUCCCGAAAGAUACUGCGGCUGAGAGGACAUCGGUUGUCGUUCCCCUUGCCGACAAGAGCCUGGAUGAAACUCUUGCAGAAAUUGACGCCGAGCUCGCGGCAGAUAAGGCUGCUGAGAUGUCUUCCCAACAAUCGUCUGAACUUCAAACUCAACCAACUGCUACUGCUGAGGAGUCUUAG